AUGACAGAAUCAGAAAUCAAUGCUUCCUGCUGCCCAGGUGCUAUCGAUCAUUCAGGUGCAAUAUUAGUAAGCGGCAAUGUUGUAAUUCAAUUAAAAAUGUUACUUCAACGAGCUAAAAAAUCAAUCUGGCAAAAUUCGAUACGUUUUUUACGUAACAACAAAAAAUGGUUACCGAAGCCGGAGCCGGAAACAUUUGAAAAUGUUGUUUUCCCACCAAACGGAGAGUACAAAUUGCCAGCAAUGCCUGAGGAACCGGUUUAUGAUCCCGCAUUAGGUGAACAAAAAUUUAAGUCAUCAAAACAGCUCGUCAGUAUCCGUGGUGUCGAGGAAGUACAUACAGAAUUAAUCCACAAACAAUACGGUCUCGCUGCUGUUGCUGGCGGUUUUAUCAGCUCAUAUGAUUUCAAUUUUAUUCAUUACCGUUUGAACAGAAAUCUUUUAAAAAAUCAAUUCGCAAUAUGGAGAGUUCCGGCACCGUGGCUUCCACGUACGAAGAAGCCAAUUGGAGCAAAACCGGGUAGUGGUAAGGGAAAUAUACACCAUUAUGUUACACCUGUUCGAGCAAAGAGAAUUAUUUUGGAAGUCGGUGGUCACAUUUUAGAAUUGGAAGCGAGGGCUUAUCUGAUGUAUCUCUGCGAACGGUUUCGUUUUCCUGUGGAAUUUGUUAGCGAAAAAAUAUUGGAAGAGAGGAAGCUUCAAGAGAAAAAUAUUGAAGAAACAAAUAAUAAUGGAUCUCAAAUGGCAUUAGUGGGUGAGGAGGAAUUGCUGUGUUUUCCAUUCCGAUGGUUUGUUCUCGUUACAGCAGGUUUACCUUUCACUGCCUUAUUUCUUUGCAUAUCAUUAGCAUUAGCAUUACAUUUGGAUGAAUCUACACGAACUCAUUGCGGUGUUGUAAAUUAUUUGCCAUCUAUAUCGGCUGCUGUCGGAUCUUUCUCACCAGAGCGCUACAUUUGGCGAUUUUUUAUCGCUUUGCAUUCCGCACCUCGUAUUGUGGAGGCUUUCGCUUUUAAUUGCGACAGAUGUAGUGAAGCACUGAAGAAAAAUCAAAUUGACAAGCAUGGAUUCAUAUGCAGGAAUACAACGUAUUCAUGCUUGGAUUGUGGUCAAGCUUUUUCUAUAGAAACCUAUAAGAACCAUAUUAAAUGUGUGACAGAAAAUAAGAAGUAUGGUGGCAAGAAUUAUGUUGAAAAAGAAAACAAAGGUGAAGCAAAGCAAAAUCGAUGGAUUGAACAAGUAGAACGGGCAAUAGAAAAUGUUACUGAUAAAGGAUUGAAAGAUCUUUUGCAACAAAUUCAUGGUUUCAACAAUAUACCAAGAAAAGAAGCGAAAUUCAUUAAUUUUUUGCAGAAUUCUAUUAAAAUUCGGAAUCGAGAUCUAUGUGUUAAGGCAUGGAACUGUAUAAGUGAGCAAGCCCAAAAAUUACAGCGAGAGACUGAAAAAGUAGAACUGAAAAAAAAUGGUGAAAGUUGUAAUAGUCUGGAUGACAAAAAGGGACUUAAGUUUAAACAAGAAGUUUCAAAAACUAACGGUGAGAAAGUCGAAGAAAUCGAUACUGAGAAAGAAUUAAAGAAAAAUGGUAUAAAUGAUGAUAGCAGUAAUGCCGAACAGGGAAUAUUAACGUGCAAUAUGAAGAAGUUCAAAUGGAAACGAGCAAUUAAGCGAGCUUUAAAGGAAGCAGAAAAUGGACAGAUGAAGGUGAAGCGAUUAAGGACCAAAGUUAUUCAAAGUUAUUUGGCAAGUGGUCAGUUUAAUGGAAAUGAAAAUCCCGAGAUAAUUUUUAAUGAUAAGAUCAUGGAUGCUUUGAUUUACAAUCAUUUUGGGGUGUGGAAUGAAGACAUCGAAACUGCGGAACCGAUUCAGGAAUGGUGUUGUAAUGAUUGUAACGAACCUAUCGCAUCAUCUCUUUUUGCUUCGUGCUUACGACAUUUCGCAUUAAGACACGAAGAGGCUACUGGUUUGCCAAAUGCUAUGAUUCAAAAAAUUGAAAUGUUAAGACAUGAUAUGAACAUUGUCGCAAAAAUGCAUCAAGCACAUGUCAUAUUCAAAUAUUCUUGGAUUGGCGUUGGAAAGUAUGGCAAUAUCGAUUGGCCUAGGACGUAUGCAAAGUGCUACCGCGAAAUGCCACCGGACGAUUUUUUCGUAUUUGCGGCAAUUAAUGGAAUUGCUACGAGGGCUUUGUGGAGUCGAUUGGAUGAAUCAGAGAGGCGGUAUUUAUCAAAUGCAGAUAAUGAUGUGAUAAGAUACACUGCAAUUUUAAUGUUUAAUCCUGCGGUUUUUAAUAUAGUUCAAUGUAAAAGUAUUCUGGUCGCAGCGGAGAACGGUUGGCCGGGUGCAGUAUGUGCUUGGAUUGGCAUACAAAAUAAUACGCUAAAUAAUGUUGAUUAUGUAAAAGAAAUAACCGAAGAUUUCAAAGAUUCUAUCGUUGAGACAUCUGAUUUACCAUAUGAGAAUAAUUCUGGAAAAGCUACGCUGCUAGCUAUUCGUGAGGGACAGUAUCAUUUGUUUCGUUAUUUACCAAACGUGAACACUGCUAACAGUUUUGACUUUUUAUUUGCGGAUGGUCACGUAUCGUUCGACUUUUUCCAACAAUUAACUAAUUUUCCAGCAAUUGAAAAUCUGUUAAACGAUAAGCUAAGUGAUUAUCUAGAAUCGAUCGCACGAGAUUUACUUAUUUGGAUGCCAGAUUCAGAAGUUCAACGUUUGCGACAAGAGGCAAAUGCAGUUGGAGAUAUUAAAUCUAUAAAUUGCAUUAAUCGAAUCAUAAAUAACUGUCAUCAUAGCGCGCAACAAACGCAGUAUGCAAAAAGCUUGCGCUCAAUCAAUCUAAUGGAUGCAUGCGAUGCGGUUGUUACUUCUCUCGAUAUUCUAUUAACAAGAAUGGUCUAUGGUUAUUGA